UAUGUACAUUUUUUUCCCUACAAGUGUGUCCUGUUUUACAGUCAUGUUAGUUUUUAUGUGACUUGUUUACUUAUUUUGAUGAUAGGUAGACAAUAAUAUGUAAUUGCCAGUUGAUGUAAUCCUUGACUAAAUCAAGCAGCUUUUACUGGUUUUAAUAAGAAGUGUAAAAAAUGGAGUAUAUAUUUCAGUGAUAACUUUUGUUUCUUAAGUUUAUACCAGGUGGAUUUUAGAUUUGUAAGAUUACUGUGGGUUUUACUUGUUCGAUAAUGGGAUGAUUUACAAAAAAAUACAGCUUGAUAGUCCAGAACUGAAUAGCAUAAUUGUGUAGACAAGACAUUCUGUAAAAUGUUAUAUACUGUAGAGAUUUAUGUUGAGAAAGUGAUUCCUACUAAUAGGCAGUUAAAUUAAAAUGGAUUGAGCAUGAUAGCAUGUGAUUAAUCACAAGAAACACUUAGUAUUCUUACUGGAAAUAAUUGGAUGAUAAAUAACAGAAAUAGAAUGGGCUAGAAAACUGCUCCUUGAUGUACGCCUUAAGAAUAUAUCUUUUGAGACAGAAAAUGAAAUGAUUAAUUUGGUGUAACUCUGACUUGAUUUUGAACAACAAUCUGUCAGUUUUAAGUAAACAUGCAGUUUUUUUCUCAGUGUAAACUGACAAAUAUGCAAAUUUUUCCAUUGCUUUAUAAAUAUUAAACCAUUGUUUAAAGCUGAACUGAAGCAUUAAGUGGUUGCAACAUCAUAUAUUCUGCCAAAAAGUUGUGUAACUCGUGACAAUGUCAUUAAAUUAAGAUGUAAUUCAGCCUUUAAGUAAUUCAAAUGAGACUGUCAAGUUUGUCAAGGAAAAUUUUUAUUUCUUGAAAACAAGUAUAUAUACACCUAAAGAUAUAUUUGAAACAUUAAGUGGUUUGGAGGAUAAACUUGAAGGUUGUGAGGAAUACAUCAAUGUGUUUAAGACUGAUAUAUAAAUUUUGCAUGUUAUUUAUUUGAUUAAAAGGUGUUGUGGACUGUUGUUUGGCAACCUGCUUAUAUCCUGUAAAACGUUUUAUCAGUAUCAUUAUAUACUGGGUGUAUUUGUUAUCAAGGUAUACUUUAAAAAAUAGACAAUGGGGGACAGUUCCCAAUUCAGAAGACUAAUGGAGGAGGAUUCCCCAUUUAGAAGACUGUCCUUACAGGAGUAUCCAGGUCGUAAAUAUGUUCUGCAACCAGUGAACACUUCUCCUGUUAUGCCAGGAUCUCCUGUUAUUCCUGUGCGACGACGAGCAGCGUUUUCCAAUCCUGCACCUUGUAAUGUCCAGUAUGAAUAUCUUUCACCUCCAGCCGAUGAUGAUAUGUUUAGGAAAUACUCUUUGGAAGAGUAUGCAGUUAUAGAUCCACAGGAGCAGUAUGGACAAAAUCAGUCUUACUUUGUGGAAGUUCCGUCUCCAUCUUAUCGUCCAGUUCAGCAAGUUCAGCCAUAUUAUUCUAUGCAGGCUCAGCAACCAGUUGUUCAGACACGUCACCAACAACCUCACUUGCAGACUCUGCAAAAUGUGCAAACCCAGCCCUCUCAGCUGCAAUCUCAACAGCCUGUUCAACAAAUUCAGCUUGUUCGUCCAAUUCAGCAGAUGCAACCAGGUGUAGAGUAUGUGGAAUAUCAGCCACGAAGACCAGCAUCUAUGCAGUCCUUCGUGCCAGUUACAAACCCACAAACUCAUUCCUAUUCUUCUGAAUAUUUUCAUGGACUUACUGAUAUACAGGAAGCUAAAUCACCUGAAAUAAAGAAGCGUGUUACAUUUGAAACACCACUUCCUAGAAUGAAUUCAGAAAACAAUGAGGUUAAAAAGAAAGAGAAGAUACCUACAUCUGAGGAUACAGAGAGUAUUUAUGAACCAUACGUUGGUUUAAAGAAAGCACCAGCAGCAAUAAGGAAAAAGAAUAUGAGGGAGAAGGAAGAAAGACUUAAAGAAGAAAGGUUUAAAGAGAAUUUAAAGGAAGAGGAUGAGAAGGAAUAUCAGGUAGAGAAGGUGGAAAAACAUGAUAUAGGAAAGAUAGGUAGAUUUAAUGUUCAGGAAGUGAACAUUAGUAAGAAAACAGUUAAAGAGAAUGUGGAAAGUGGUGCCAAAGGUGGUAACUGUAUUACUGAACGUAGGCCACGUAGACAUACAGUGCAUAGUACACAUGUUGAUAUAUAUGAAAGUGAAGAUGAGAAAAAGAGGAGAUCUGCUGUGUGUCCAAUGACUGCAUACAAUUUAAGUGGAUCCAGUACAGUAGCUAUAGAUAACAAGAUAGAACAGGCUAUGGAUUUAGUCAAGAGUCAUCUGAUGUUCGCAGUGAGGGAGGAGGUUGAGGUACUGAAGGAACAGAUAGCGGAACUUAUCGAACGAAACAAUCAGCUCGAAUAUGAGAACGGCAUACUGCGAGCUGCAGCUAGUCCAGAGACGCUGGCAAAACUGUCGCAGCCAAGGCAACCACUGCCAUCAUCAUCAUCAUGAAGGACGGGGAGAGAGAGAUGUAUUUAAACACAUCGCUUACACUCUAUACUCAGUGCUCACAACACUGGAUUAAGGGGAGGUCACUUCAUUUGUUUUAAAGCGAGUUACCUACCUUGCAGUGAUAAUCGGUAGAAUGGUCUCCCUUUGUUCAGGAAGCCAACUGUGGACAGUCCAUAAAAAAAAAAGGGAGGAGCCGUGAAAUGAGAAAGGUGACAAUCUUUGAUGAAUUUAUUUGCAUACAUGAUGUAUGUAAAUAUGAUAAAAUUCAGCGAGUUGUCGAACAAAGGUGACGGAAGUUUUAGCAGCAAAUUAAAACUGAGGCAUGAUAGGAAUAAAGACAUUUAGAUGGCCUGGAAAAAGAGAAAGGCAAAACAAAUGGAACUGACCAAGAAGGAUGAGGGAAAACAAACACUUACUGUUUAUUGACCGAUAUUUCUCGAGAAUAUCCAGUGAUAGACCCUACCCUAAAACUGAAUGCCCCCUCCCCCCCUCUAUCCCCUGCCAUUCUUGCUUUUAAACUAGCCAUAUUUCACCAUGAAAGUGCUUUAUAUGAAAUAAUCGUGCUGAGAAAUUAUAGCCUAUCAUAUUUUACUUUUUUCUCUAAGAAUUUCUAUUUCUCACAUUCUCUACUAUUGUUUGCACGUCCAUACUUGGACUGUGUUGAUGUACAGAAAAAAAUGCCCAUUUUUCACUUCUUUUUAACUUCUUGCAUAUUAUGUAAAUUAGUCUUAAAUCUGUGUAAAAAAUUGAAUAAUCAUGGCUUUAAAAACAAAAGGGGACAGUCUUUCUAUUGUCCCCUUGAUGCACAUAGCCGACAAAUCCAUCAUCAUGAUCAAUUUUUUUUUUCUUCAGGUGGUUCAUACCUAUAUAAUAUUUAUAUAUACAGGCAUUAUAUAUUAUUACAUUUAUAUAUACAUAAUAACAAAUAUAAGCAAGUAUCUUUUUGUUAAUAUUUUAUCUUAAAUACUUUUUUUAUGUGAAAAGUUUUUAACGGUAUUCUAUUUCUGCAAAUCAGUUGAAAAAAUAAUAUUUCUACAAGUUUUAAGCAAUGAAGAAUUCAUUAUGAGAUUAUGUAGUAUAUGUGUUGUCGAUAUAAUCAAGAAUUGUAUGUGAUAAUCAUAAGUUAAUAUCUAUAGGUUAAAAUCUAAAACCUUCACCUCUAACCAGAUUAUUUAAGACCUCUUGUCGAACGAAGAUAGGGGUUGACCAGACAGUCACACCUUUUUUUUUUUAUCUACGUUGACCAGAGUUGAAAAUUUUAUCUACGAUGUUUGAAAAUUUUAUCUCGAGGUAAUUUUUACUACUUAUUAGAACUUCCGUUUGUAUUGAAGUUCAAUUGUCCCUGCCUGUUGCCCAUUAGUGACUCCUUAAGAAGUUUAAUAGAGCUUCUUUUUUUUACAUUAAAGGUGUAAAGCCUUGAUUUCAGGUCAGUUCCAAAAGACUGGUUGAAGUUCCAGUCUGAAGAGAGAGGAUCAAACUUGUGGCCCUUGAUUUCCAUGGACAGAUAUCUUACCACUAGAUAACUUUGUCUGCUGAAAUGAGUAUUACUCAAAACUUGAUUUUCUUGGUUGGAGAACGCCCACAAAAUUUUCUUCUUUUAGAUUUUAUGGGUUUGAAUAUUAAAAUUCAUGCAAACUUUGGUUUUAGCCCACAAUCUUUUGGUCUUAUGAUUUGGUUAACCAAAUACAUAAAAUUUUAAGGCAUUUGAUGAAGUGUAUUAUCAUCGUUACUCAUCCAAUGGUCUUCGUUUUUCUUGUAUAUAUUAAAAAAAAAAUGGACCUCCCAUGGUUGAACAAAGUGGUUUUUGGUGAAGGCUUUAGGUUUUAUGGAUUAUAUACAAGGGCAUAUAAAGUUUGUGUAAUAUUGUCUGACAGUGAUUUGUAAUGUAACGGCUGUGUAAUUAUUUUUGAAUGUUUUGUUUGUAUAAUAAAAUGGAAGUAUUUAUGAGGGUUUGAGUACUAGCUGAAUUGAGAAUAUGUCUGGAGAUGGUGCAAAAUUAGAAACUUUAUGAGAACGUUAAACUCAAAAUUGUUUUGCAAUAAAUGAAUAAUAGAUGAGGUAGUACAUAAUUAAACCAUUCCGCUACUGCGACUACUUUGACCUAGUUUCCUCUUAUGUUUACCGAUACAUAAAAUUUUGCAAAACUGUGAAAAUAAAACACAUGAUGGAAAAUUACAGUACCAGCUUCAAAAUUUCUCGUUACCAAGCUAGUUCCAUUUUGUGGGCGCAUGUUAACUAUUUGUCUAUGGGUCCUCAGUUGAGGACACUGAUGGGAAAGUUUAUCAAGGUCCUUUCAUGAUAAGGUAAAAAAAAUUGUGCAGGGAGUAACAAAAAUUAAUAGAACUUGCUAUAGACUGGAACACGUUGAGAGGUAAUAUACAUCUAAAUUAUAGAUGGAAAACAUUACCCCUCUCCUUAAACAAAUAAUAAGCUGGCAGUUAUUUUCCAUUCCUGCAAUUGAUUUUAUUGAUCCCAUGUGAAAAUUGUUCCAGAAUUUUCUGGUUGUUUGCAGUAGUUUUAUGAUGCUAAAAGAUUCAAGAUAAGAAUUUAAAGAGUAUUUUCUGUAACUUCUGUGCUACAAAGUCCUGUUCUGUUCAGUUGUGAAAAUGUUUAUAAAUAGUAUAUGAGAUCUUGGAAAUAGUGAAAAAAAAUCACUAAUUUUGUAGGUAAAGGGAGACAACUUAAAAAUAAAAGUGCUAUUUAUUUUAUCAAUGAACUGUUGUAUAGAAGUAAUCAUACAUUAUGCAAGACCUAUAUAAAAGUUGUAUUUUAUAUAAAUUGGUACCUGUUGUAUAUAUGCACGUUGUACAUGUUGAGAAAAAUUAUAAAAAUGUAUAAAGAACUAUUUUAAUGUAUCAUUCUUAUUUAAAAGUCUGAUAUGAUUAGUACUGGCAUAUAUUUCACAGUUGACAUUUUGUAGAAGUAUUUUAAAUUAAUAUACAGUAUCGCUCGAAACCUGCCGUGUCAGUUUAAGGUAAUGACCCAUAAUGACAAUUGACAAUUUCUGUGUAGUUAUGUACUCCUCUCCUAUUUCGGCAUUUUCUAGCACCUUAGUUUGGUUAUACAUGCAACUAGCCGGAGAGGAGCGGUGAUAUAGUGGUUAAGUUGUUGGCAACUCGACCUAGAGGUCGUGGGUUCAAGACCACACCUCAUAUUGCACCAGCACUGGUUUUUUCUAGAAAGCAGACUCAAGCGUAGAUUGAAUAAACUUGAAGCUUUCUUCACAGUCGAGCUAAAAUAAAUUAGUAUACUGUGAAGUCACUAAUAUUCGUGGGGGACUAAUUUUCGUGGUUGAGUCAAUUCACGAAAUUUAAUCCCAAUAACAAAGAAGUGAAAUUCCCAUUCAUGUUCAAAAGUUGCAGUCCACGAAUUCAUAUCCCCAGGAAAUUGCUGUUUUGACUAAAACUAUGAAAUUUCAUGCCUAUGAAAUUUAUUGAUUACACAGUAAACUAAAACUGCUAGCUGGAAGAUGCCAAAAUUACUUAACGGAGAUUGUGAUCAGACGGAAAUUGAUAAUUAUCGUUACGGUUCAGGUAUUUUAACACGUUACUUUUAUUGCUAAAAUCUUGAAUGAAAUCUGUAUUAUAUGACAAAGAUUUUAUUGAAAUGAAAUUCUGGCCAGUUUAUUUCAGUCAGUUUAAUCAAAUUUUUUACCCUUGCAAUUCUGGCAUAUUACUGUGUAUAUUAGAAGUUUAAAAAAGAAAAUGAAUGAAAGUCUUGUAAAUUUAAAUCACUUCAUUUGGUGUUUGAAUCUUUGAAUGGGAGAUUUGUCUUCGCAAAAGAUUGAAUGUUGAAAACCUGUGACAGGAAGUGUGGUAAUGACAUAUGUUUUAAAGUGUAGGUGGAAAACUGGAAAAGCACAUAAUGAUUCCAAUAUGUACAUAUCAGUUCAUAAAAUAAUACAAGUAUUUCGGAGUGGUGUGAUCUGGCUGUGAAUGUAUUUAAUACGCCUGCAAGUUUUCACAUUUCUGUAGCUCUAUUUAGUGCACAGCACGGAAAAUUUAUGUUUUGUUUUGGUAAAUAUAUUUAGUUUUUCGUAAAAAUAAGUACUAUGAUUGGGUUGUUGUUUUUUUGUGGGAACAAAUAUAUUUGAAGAUUUCAAAUUAAAAAAAAUAUCUACAACCGCCACAAAAAUGAUAAUGACAAUAGUGUUUGAUGUGUCUGGGUGUUAAAAAUUGUGCAUAAAUAAAUAAAAAUCUUCAUUGCUGCUUCAAAUAUUUAGUAGUCCUACAGCUUUGUGAAAACUCACAUAUGGUUAUGAUGUUUCUAGAGGUAAAAUAUUAUUGUGAAGAGGCCAGUUUGUAUAUAGAACGGAACAAAUUUGACAAUGCUUUGUAAAUAUGUAUAUACAAGAAAACACAUAUAAUACUAUAUUUUCCGUUGUUCUUAAUGAUUUGUUGGAGUCAACUUGUUACUUUUAAUCCUUUGUGAGGAUGCAAUUUUUCUGAUGAACAUUUUUCGACGGCAUUUGAGACACUGCUAAGUCCCCGUGUUGCUUUUUUUUCCGCUGCUCCCCAACCAUCUGCAUUAGGUGAUUUUAAAUUCAGAACAAGUGGCAGAGAUGUUUGUUAAUCUUUGUUGGCUUAAAAACGCAUUUCCUCAUAAUAAAUUUACCAUUUUUUCAUGUAGAUUUUAAAAUAUCGCAUACAUCAGUCUUACAAAAUGCAACAUUUUGACAAUUUCUACAUUUUUUAAUUUUAAUUUUAUUUUUUUUUGACAGAUUCAUUAUUCAUUCAUGACUUAGAAGAAUGGAAAUAGAACCAGAGUUACUCAUGAUUACAUUCAUACUGGAAAAAGAACACAUCCAUUUUACCAUCUUGAAUCUUUUCUUAAAAAUUAUGUCCAUAUAAUAGGGUACAAUAUUGUAUCGUAUACCAUUCAAUAUUCUGUAAUAAACACUGCUUGUACAAAUAGAAAUUAACUGGUGGAAGUAAACAUCCAUAUUGCACUAAGGGGAAGUAUUAUUUCGUACUUUACUCUUUUCCAGACUACUUUCAUUAGUAAACUUGACUUGGUAAAUAAAGUUCUUUUUUUUUUUCUUCAUCAAGUGCAUAUAAAGUUAACUUUAGCUACAAUAAACACAAAGUUUUAAGUUGUAUGAUAGAAGGGUCAUUCCACCAGUUUUUUCCCACCUUGCGUGAUCCAGGUCUGGCAAAAUCCACUUGAGCCCAAUACAGUAUCCCAGAUCAUAACCCUGUUGUACUGAGAAUCCAUUGUAAUUCUUCCAAAAACAAAAAAAAACAACAAAAAAACUUUAUACACAUUUGGUGUUGUAUAUCGUUCUGUAGUUAUUAUAUUUUGUAAAAGAAAUAAAAAACAAAAAUGAAUGCAAAAAGUAAAAUUAUGCUCUAUGAGCACAAGAUUUAUUGUUAUGUGUUAAUGUUAUUUAUUCUAUUAUUACAAAUCUAUGAAAUAGCCAUUCAAGUAAAAUGAAAGUAGAAGCAUGCGUUUAUUGACACGGAUCAUAUUUUUUAGAGAAAAAAUCAUCUUUCAAUUUACCAAAGCUACACAACAGAAGUAUUGAUUAUAUUGUAUUGAAUAUAUAUGCAGAGGUUAGCCUUUUUAAGUUGCAGCUCGGAAAUAAAGAUAGGCAAAAACUGUUUGUAUGCUUUCUGACUUGAGAAUUAAGUCGUUAAGUAGGAACUUGGUAUACAAUUAAUGAAAUAUUAUUUUAUCCGACAUUGUAAGAUUAAAUUGUGUUAUUAACCUAUAAUACAGAAAUUUUUAGACAAGAUUAUAAGAUGAAAAUGGCAUCAGCAGCUGGUUGUUCAGAUUUCAAAGAUUUAAGGAAAUGCUUGUUUCAUGUCUAAAGAAGAAUUAAAGUCAGAAUUCCUCAUAUA